AUGGAUGCGAUAUAUUGCGCAGGUGCUGCUGCUCUACUGACGGUGCUUCAGGGUGCAUGGUUAAGAACACAAACUGGAGCCCAUACAUCAGAGCAACUCGACCAUAGAAACAUUGUUCAUGACUCUCUUGUCAUGUUUUUCAUCCUUUAUCUGCUGACCAAAAUCUAUCGCGUCUUUUUGUAUCAUAGAUACUUCUCACCACUUCGCCACUUGCCCACCCCCGAGGGAAACCACUUUCUAUUUGGCCAGGCUUUGAAUCUGAUCCAUGCCGAGUCCCCGGCAGCAUUAUACGUUCAAUGGAUGAAACAAUUUCCCGAUGCACCAGUUAUUCGGUUUCUCACAUUCGCGAACACCGAGAUACUCCUUCCCAACAGCCCUAAUGCACACAAGGACAUAUUUCAGACACACUGUUAUACUUUUCGGAAACCAGACCGAUGGCUGCGUAUGACGAGAGACUUUAUAGGCGAAGGGAUAGCAACCUUGGAAGGCGAAGAACACCGAGCGUCUCGAAAGAUGCUUACUAGCUCCUUCUCCUUUAGCAGCAUCAAGAGGCUAGAGCCAGUUUUCAUAUCAAAAGCCCGAGAAGUGUGCUCGUUGAUCGAUCAUGCCAUUGAAUCAUCAUCAGACAGUGGUACUGGUAUGAUAGAUUGCACUGAUACGUUUUCAAAGGCAACUUUGAGCAUCAUGGGUGUCACAAGCUUUGGCAUUGAGCUAGACUAUUUGGCAUCGAAUGCCACAGCGACUAGGACUACUGCUACCACUCCAUCAGAUUACUCUUUCCACCAGGCGUACACCACAAUCUUUGGGCCUGAUCUGACGGGAAAAAUCCUCAUGUUUGGUAGCAUGUUCUUUCCCACCCGUUGGCUGCCUAUCAAAGCGAAUCGUGAAUACAAGUUAGCAAAGCGAUGGUUGCAAACGGUCCUUCGCGAGUUGAUACAACAGCGACAGUCGACUAUUCGGGAUGCCUUCUCCAAGGGUAUUCAUAAGAAGGACGACUUCAAAGAUUUACUGUCAUUCAUCAUUGAGGAAAGUAUGCCGGGCGGUUCUGCCGAGGGCAUUCCGUCCACGCAUAUAACCGGCCAUCUCCUUCAGUUCCUCGGCGCAGGUCACGACACAUCGGCAAACUGCCUGUCGUGGAGUAUGUACACCUUGGCAUCCCAUCAAGAUAUUCAACACGAGCUACGCGAAGAAAUCAACCGUAUCAUCGGCAAAAGACCAAGUCCAUCAUUCGCCGACUUGGAUAGUCUGCAUUACCUAAAUAACUUUGUCAGGGAGGCUCUGCGCUUAUACCCUCCAGCAACCAUUAUAUACCGCCAUGCAGGCGGCGAUGUCAUAGUCGAUGGAAUACAUAUUCCUAAAGACUCUUCCUUCGAGAUUGUCGCAGCCGUCACGUCUUUGAAUCCCCUCAUCUGGGGUGAAGAUGCGGAAACAUUCAACCCAGAUCGCUGGGAUAAUCUGACCGAGGAGCAAUCAUCACCUUACGCUUUCGCAACAUUCUCUAAUGGUCCUCGCAUCUGCAUCGGUCGUCAAUUUGCCCUUUAUGAGAUUAAAACUAUUCUCGUGGAGAUUAUUCGCAACUUUCGUGUCUUGCGCGAUGUGAGCCCAUUCACCAUUGAGAAUCCAGGCUUGACUGUGCGACCGCGCGAUAUGAAGGUCCACUUGGAACGGUUGGAAUGA